AUGGAAGAGAAUGUCUAUACUACAUGGGAAAGUGUACUGGAUACAUUAAGCCCUACUGAACUAGAACGCUUGGAAAACAACGCAAUUUUAGAAUGUGCCAUUCGGGGUAAGUCCACGUACGCCAAUGGUUUAUGAACAAAUCCUAAACUUAUAGGGACAUUUUGUUUUAACAAACGCGAAUUUCAUUCGUCUUGCAGAUGAUCUAUUUGAACAUCUCACAGCAAGUCAUUGGCAAAGUAUUGAUGCUGCUAUCAGAGAAAAUAUUGGUAGGUUAUUAGCUAGGCAAUUGUUGUGAGAUGCUAUUUUCUGUGACAUGCAGUUUUAUUAAAGUUUUAUUGUAGGUUAUCGUUGUGAAGAGUGCGAAAAGGUUUAUCGUCAUUUGCCAAAUCUUUCAAGGCAUAAGCGAUUACACCACGGGCUAGCAUCCGAUGGACGCCGAAAUAAGAGAGAAAUUGGUAAGUAAAGUCAGUGAAUUAUUCCUCGGACUGCGACUGAAAUAUAAUUUUGAAUUUCUGAACUGAACUGAAAUAUGUCUUUCUAGAUGAAACAGAACAGACAACAAAUAAGCGUCCCAGAGCAGAUCAAACUUGCGACCAGGAAGGCAAUGGACAACCUGCUGAUGAAGAUCCAAUCAACGAGGAAGGGGGUGAUUUGUCAGAGGAUGAUGUAUCAGAUGAUCCACCCAAAUGGAACGUCGAGCUUGAAGAGCUGCUACGUCGUUACGAACCACUAAUCAACGUUGGACAUCGCAUUCAUCCAAGGCAAGCCAUUUAUAAUUUCAGAGUAGAUGAUAACUUUGUGUUCGAUCAGUUAGUUGAUGAACUGCGAAAUAUUUAUCGUCAACACCGUAAUGCUUUUAAAAUCAAUUUAAAUUUCAGUUUUGUUUUACGAAAUAUCGAAACUGGUGAACUGAGGUUUUUUUAUGCCUCGAAUAACACCGCCAUGCUUGAUAGGCCUAUGUUAAUACAUGAUAAUGCGAGUUUUAGGGACUUUAUAGAGGUCCUACGUACCUUAGAUAUUUUAGAAUGGGUCAGAAAUCAUCGACCCAACAGCAAAUGGGUUUUCUUUAAAUUAGUUCAAACCUUACUUACGGUCACUAGGCUUAAUUUUCCCAUCGGUUCUGGUAUAGAAUUACCUCAUUACAUAACCGCAAACGAGGCUAUUGUAAGUGUAAUCAGGGAAUCGACAUUCGGGUGAAGCUUAUAACGACAAUCUCUGUUUGCUUCGGUGCCUCGCUUUGCAUCAAAGGGAGGGCGAAAGACAUUUUAGACGUGCUACGAACGCAAAUUUCGAGCUGUAUCUCCAGGAAAUCAGCUUGGCUCCGGAGGAUUUUGACGGGGUAGAUAUAAGUGACCUGUACAUAGCGGAGGAACUUUUCCAAGUGUCCAUUGAGGUAUAUUCAAUUGAUGAACACGGUCAGGCAUUUUGUAUUCGGCGUUCUGCAAAAGAUUUUCCUCAAAUGUACGUGAAUCGUUACGAAAAUCAUUUCAGUUUUAUUGGAGAUAUUAAAGCUUACUGUGACUGUUUUGUAUGUACCAAAUGUGAUAAAAUUUUUAACACUCCUUACCGAUUACAUAGACACGAACGCACUUGCGAUACCAAUGUGAAACAUAAACUUCCGGGUGGAACUUUUCGAGUAAACAAGACGGUAUUUGAAGAGCUUGAAGAUCUAGGUUUUGAAUUUGAACCAAGCGACAAAUUUCACCCUUAUUUUUCUACCUGGGAUUUGGAAAGUUUUCAAGUUGAAAGUUCUAAUGAGGCAGAAGAGCAUAGAGCACUCCAAUGGCUUUCAGAGCAUGUACCUGCUUCGAUUUCGGUUGCAAGUAACGUUCCCGGUUACGAAAGUGUCAAAUGUUUCGUAACCACAGGGGAUGAAAAACGACUAGUCAGUGAUUUUGUGGAUUACUUACUUGAGAUAAGUGACUUGAGCUACCGUCUACUUCGCGAAAAGUACGAGGAUGUAUUUUCCCAAUUGGAAAUUAUGAUUCGGAAUUUACCUGAGGAUGAUGAGAAAGGCAGAGCAGAUAUUUUGAAACUCAAAAAACGAUUUGAUCUUUUUCUUUUUGAAUUUGCUGUCGUAGGGUUUAAUGCGUCUCGUUACGAUAUAAAUGCCAUUCGCAAGUCGUUCUUUAAGAUACUCCAAAGUGUCGAGUCAGAGGAAGAUUUAGAAACAAACGGAAUUGACUUCGUAGUGAAACGGAAUAACGCAUACAUGUGCUUGAAAACAGCGCGUUUGAAAUUCGUAGAUAUUUGCAACUACCUUGCGCCGGGAUAUAGCUAUGCUGACUUUUUAAAAGCGUACGGUUGCAGUGCUCAAAAAGGCUUUUUUCCGUACGAGUGGUUUGACAAUGUUGAAAAGUUAGAGUUUGACCGGCUUCCCCCGCACGAGGCAUUUUUCAGCGCUUUAAAAAACGCUAACAUCACUGUAGAAGAAGUUCUGCUCUGCGAUAUG